CUUACUUUUUCUUCUUCCCCAGAGCUACUCUUUGAAUAUCACUACAGUAAAGGGGUUUGAGAUAUUUGUGGAGAGCCUUAAAGAGAAGCCUGGAAAGAGUGGAGUUGAUCUUAUUUUAAGCUGUGUUGAUAAUUAUGAGGCUAGGAUGGUUGUAAACCAGGCGUGCAAUGAGCUUGGCCAAACAUGGAUGGAGUCUGGUGUUUCGGAAGAUGCUGUUUCUGGUCAUAUACAGUUGCUUGUUCCUGGUGAGACGGCUUGUUUCGCAUGUGCUCCUCCUCUGGUUGUAGCAUCUGGAGUAGAUGAACGUACACUCAAGCGUGAAGGUGUAUGCGCUGCUUCUUUGCCAACUACAAUGGGAGUUGUUGCUGGUCUUUUAGUUCAGAACACCCUCAAAUACUUGUUGAAGUUUGGGCAAGUCUCUCCUUACUUGGGUUAUAAUUCACUUAAAGACUACUUUCCAACUAUGCAAAUGAGGCCAAACCCACAAUGCUCAAACUCUGCAUGCGUUGAGCGGCAGGAGGAGUACAUUCAAUCAAAACCAGCUAGAGAUGCGGCAGCUAAGGCGAAGAUGGAAUCUGAAGCGUCAGCAGAAAGCGAGGGCCCUGUUCACUUGGAUAAUGAGUGGAAUAUAAGUGUUGUUGACGAUGACGAGGUGGAUGUACCGAGCAGUAGCAACACAUCAGAUCGUCUUCCCGAUGGCCUCGUCCACGAGCUUCCUUCUGCCGAUAAAUACACGCAACCGCUCGUAGCAGAAGAGGCAAGCCCUAUCGCUGACGAUCUUGAGGAUCUCCAACGACAACUUGACGCCCUCAAUGCAUCUUGACUGUCCGAAAAAUGGAGGUUGCGUCUUCACUUUUCCAAUGUACAAUUAAUUGGAGUCUUUUUAAUUUCACAUAUAAGAGGGAGUGCAGAGGCUAAUUUUGACAUUAUCAUUGUUGUAACUACAAAAUAUUUGCUAGUGUGUUUGAAUUAGUGAGGAGGCUAAGUUAGAAUGUUCAGGAUUAAGAAUAUUUCUUGUGUUGCAUUAACAUUGUUUCAACAUUAUAAUGGUUUCAGCAUUUUUGUUAGUUA